AUGGUCGCGAAGAACAAGAGCAAGCCCUUGGCGGCAGGCGGCGAGCUGGAAAUCCAAUCCGGCGGUCUUCCACGGCGCCUGGCAUCGGUCGACAAGAAGGUACGCGAUCGCGCAGUGGAGCUCCUGGCGAGCUGGUUGGAAUGCCGGACUUCCGUGGACGAAGCCGACCUGAGGAAGAUCUGGAAGGGGCUUUUCUACUGCUACUGGCACGCAGACAAGGCGAUUGUCCAGGCAGAUCUUGCGGAGCGCCUCGCAUCGCUUGUACAGCGCCUUCCGAGCGAAUUAGCUCUCCAGUUCUUUGAGGGGUAUUUGGGCACAAUGCGGAGAGAAUGGGGCGGGAUAGACCAUUUGAGGAUGGACAAGUUCUAUCUUCUCCAGCGGAAGUUCGUGAGUUCUAUGUUCAUGGCACUCAGGCAGCAGAGAUGGGACAAGGAGAUUGUCCAGCGCUACAUGGACGCUUUGAAAAAUCGGGCUUUUCUCUCCAACGAUCUCUUCCCGGCCCAGGGGUGUAGUAUGCAUCUGGCGGACAUUUUCUUGGAGCAACUUGAUGGUGUUCUUCCGGAGGAGAAAGAAGUUCUCGGCAUUCUUCUGGAGCCUUUCUAUGCAACUCUUGCGCUUGGUCCGGACAAGAAUGUGCUGAAGCGCGUCAAAGAAAGAGUUUUUGAUCGUCUUUUGGAGGCUGCGAGGGAGAGUGUCGACGCUGAAGGGUCAGAGAACAAGUUGGCCGAGUUCGUGACCGGUCUACCAAUGGAAAAGAGGCUUUUCGAGCUCGCAGCUUCAGCGGACACUGUACAGAGAAUCGCAAGGUGCU